AGAAAAAAAAAUCUUCAAUCAUUUUGUUUUUUCUCCUAAUCAAAAUCUAAUAUAAUCAACAAAAAAAAAAAUCAAUCAACCAAAAACAAUCCACAAUACUACGACAACGACAAUCGUAUCGAUGAAGACCAAAUGCCUCAACGGACAAUUAUAUUCAAACAAAUCUUUGUUCAUACAAAGAAAUAAUGAUCAUAAUGUUAGAUCAUUCAACUAUCAAUGGAAUAAAAAUCAAAAUAAUUUUGGCUAUCGGUUUUUGUUUGGCUAUUGCAUAAUAAUCAUAUCAUUAUUUUUUUUAUUCAUUUUAACAUCAACAAAUGCUCAACAUUUAUCAUCAUCAUCAUCAUCAUCAUUGACUUGUAGCAAUGACCAACAAUCAAAAUCAAUAGCACUUAAUGCUGGUUUUUCUGCUGAUCUACGUUUGGGUGAUCAUUAUUUAAAUCAUCAUCAUCAAAAUAAUAAAAAUAAUACAUUAUUAUCAUCAAAAUCGGAAAAAUUACCAAUUAUAAUUGGUUAUUUAGCAAAUUUUUAUGGAAGACAUAGCUUUAGUCGACAAGGAAUUGUUAUAUCUGGUGCUAUUUCAUAUGCUAUUGAUGUUAUUAAUAAAAAUCGAUCCGAAUUAUUAGGUGGUCGUCAAUUGAAAUUAUUAUAUAAUGAUACAGCGGCCAUAUCAAUCAAUGGAACGGCUGCUGUUAUUUGGCAAUGGCGUUCAGGAGCGGUUGCAUUUUUUGGUCCAGAAGAUACCUGUGAAGUUGAAGCAACAAUUGCGGCUGCAUUAAAUUUACCAAUGAUCUCUUAUAAAUGUGUUAGUUCAGCCGUAUCAAAUAAAGCUUUUUUCCCAACAUUUGCACGUACUCAUCCACCCGAUGUAAUUGUUGCACGUUCAGUGUUAGCAUUAUUACAAUAUUUUCAAUGGCAAAAAUUCGGUAUUGUUUGGUAUAAUAGUUUUGAAAAAAUUGCACCAGUUGUAUCAACAUUACGAUCAUUAGCAGCUGAAAAUGAAUUUGAAGUUACAGUUGAUUAUCCAUUUGAUGAUUAUGAAUGUUGUGUUGAACAGAAACAAUGUUGUAGUAAAAUAUGGAUUGAUUUAGUGGAAAAAACAUAUAAACAUACUCGUAUAUAUGUAUUUAUUGGUGAUCCAAGAUUAUUGACUCGUUUUUUAUUAACAUUAAAAUCAAGAGGAUUAUUAGAGAAUGGUGAUUAUGUUGUUAUUUCAGUUGAAUUAGAUGAACAUUAUGUAAAUAAUGAUCUUUCAUAUACAUUUGAUCAACGUAAUGAUCUACUUGAACAUGAAUUUAAAGCAAUAAAAGAAGCAACUAGAUCAUUAUUGAUCAUAAGUCGUAGCUAUCCACCAUCACCAAAUUAUGAAAAUUUUGUUAAUCAAGUUCGUAAAUAUAAUAAUUUACCACCAUUUUGUUUACGUGAUUCAAUGUUUUUAAAACGUCAUAUUACACAUUAUGCUGCAUAUUUAUUUGAUGCUGUUAUGCUUUAUGCUGAAGCAUUAUCACAGGUUUUCAAAGAAGGACUAACCGAAUAUGAUGGAAAGAAAAUUGUAGAAAAAAUUAUUGCCAGACGAAGAUAUCAAUCGAUAACAGGUGCAUGGAUGAAUAUCGAUCAAAAUGGUGAUGUUCAAGGCAAUUAUACUGUUCUUCAACCAAUAGCAUUUGAUUCGAUCAACAAUCAAACAACAAUUAAUGAAACAACUAAAACAAAACGUUCGAUUAAUGAAAAUUCACGUCCACCAAUACGAUUACGACCGGUUGGAAUGUUUGAAUAUGAUUCAACAUCAAAAAAUGCAGAAAAAAUUUCAUUCGUUCCAACACAUCCAAUCGAUUGGAUAAGACCCGGUCAUGUACCGUUAGAUGAACCACCAUGUGGUUUUGAUGAUUCUGCCUGUGAUAAAAGUAAAGAGGAAAAAAUUCGUGAAAUAAUAACAGCCAUAUUAAUGGCUAUAUUUGUUGCUACAUUAAUCAUCAUAAUAAUAACAUAUCGUGGCUGGAAAUAUGAACAGGAAAUUGAUGGUCUUUUAUGGAAAAUAUCACGUGAUGAUGUAAGUGUUGUACAAAAAUGUAAACAUAUAACAUCAUCAUCAUCAUCAAGCUGUGAUAGUAUUGUUACAUUAUCCGAUGAUUAUAUAAUACGUGAAAAAGAUUCAACAACAAAUAAUAGUGAUGCAUUAAGUUCAAAAGAAGAUUAUGAAAUUUCCUAUAGAGGUGUAUUAGUUAGUUUUAAAGUUUUAAAAUUUAAUAAAAAAAAUUCAAAUAAUCCAUUUGAUUAUUUAACAAGAGAAAAUAAAAUGGAAAUGAAAUGGCUAAAAGAAAUGCAUCAUCAAAAUAUAAAUGUUUUUAUUGGUGCUACAACACAUGAAUUAUUUCCACAUAGUGUAUUAUUAUUAUCUGAAUAUUGUGCAAAAGGUUCAUUACGUGAUGUACUUGAAAAUGAAGAAAUACGAUUAGAUGAAGAAUUUCUAUCAUCACUUGUCCAUGAUAUUAUGUGCGGUUUAUCAUAUCUACAUCAUAGUGAUCUAAAAUGUCAUGGUAAUCUAAAAUCAACAAAUUGUCUGGUUACAUGUAGAUUCGUAGUGAAAUUACAUGAUUUUGGAUUGUUUUCAUUUCGUAAAGAAGAACCUGAUCCAUUAAUUGCAUUAUAUAAUAAAUUAUGGCGACCACCAGAAACAUUAAGAAAUCCAGAUGUUAUUGGUCCGGAAGGAGAUUUAUAUUCAUUUGCUGUUAUUGUUCAUGAAAUUGCCGUACGAAAAGGACCGUUUGCUAUCAAACUAAUUGAAGAUGAUAUAUUAUUCGAUGAAUUGCAGAAAAUUGUUGAUGAAGUUAAAGCUGGACCAACACCUGAUGGUCAAUUAAGACGUCCGGAUACAGCAAUCACUGAAUUACAUGAUGAUACAAUUGAAUUGAUGAAUCUUUGUUGGCAUGAAGAUCCAAAAGUUCGUCCAACUAUUGAUGCAUUACGUAUUAUGGUAAAAAAUGCACAAAAAUUUCGACCACCACCAGAAAAUCUUGUUGAAAAUAUGGUCAAAAUGAUGGAAGUUUAUCAAAAUCAAUUAGAAGAUCUUGUUCAAAAACGUACACAGCAAUUGGAUGAAGAGAAACGAAAAACUGAAACAUUGUUAUAUCAAAUGCUGCCGGAAAGUGUUGCCAGACAAUUAAUAACAGGUGAAACUGUUAUACCGGAAACAUUUGAAGCAGUAACAAUAUUUUUCUCAGAUAUUGUUGGUUUUACUAAACUAUCGGCUACAAGUACACCAAUGGAAAUUGUUACAUUUCUUAAUGAUUUAUAUUGUCUAUUUGAUUCGAUUGUUUCACAUUAUAAUGUUUAUAAAGUUGAAACUAUUGGCGAUGCAUAUAUGGUUGUUUCGGGAUUACCUAUUCGUUAUGAACAUCAUUAUAUGGAAAUUGCAUUAAUGGCAUUAGAAAUACUUGAAGCAAUCAAAUCAUUUCAAAUUCGUCAUCGUCAAAAUCAACAUCUACAGCUUCGUAUUGGUAUACAUUCAGGUCCAGUUGUAGCUGGUGUUGUUGGAACAAAAAUGCCUCGUUAUUGUCUGUUUGGUGAUACAGUUAAUACAGCUUCUCGAAUGGAGAGCAAUGGUGAAGCUCUUAAAAUCCAUAUGAGUCCAGAAUGUCGUAAUCUUCUUGAAUCGACUAAACAAUUUAUAAUUGAAGAACGUGGUUACGUAACAUUAAAAGGUAAAGGACAAGUAAAAACAUAUUGGCUUUGUGGACAUGUGGAUGGACCUCAACUUCGUUUUGAUCAUAGCAAAUUUUCAUAUGUUGAUUCACCAUGGAUACAAAAAGAUCAUAAAUCACCAAUUACAACAAUUUUCCAAGAUAUUACUUCAACAAGAAAAGGUUCACUUGUUAAUCAUAAUGAACCUAAUUUAUCAAAAUUCUACAAAAAAAAUCUUGGUGGUGGUCGAAAUACAUCGUUUUCAUUGUUAAAAAGUGCUCACAGUAGUUCAUGUAAUACUUUUCAUCCGAAAAAAGAAAAUCAUCUUAGCCCAAAAACCAUCAAAAAGAAUUGGCCAUUUCGUAUAUUCAAUCAUAAAUCACGUUCAAGUUCGACUAAUCAACCGGAAAUUGAACUACAAUCAAACAAUAGUUCAUUCACAGAUACAACAAUAAAACCGAAAAGUCCAAAAUUUAUAAUCAAAUCGACAAGUUAUAAUAUUAUUGAAGCUGUAAAUACAAAAAUUUUUAACGAUGUUCAUCAUCAUCAUUCUCAUUCUCAUCAUCAUCAUAAUCAUCAUGAUGUGAUUCCAAUUGAACAUGAUAAUAAUACAUUACAUGAUCAACAUGAAAGAAUUAAUCAACAAGAAUAUCUGUUACAUUCAGAUGAAAAUAUUGAAAAUGAAAAAGAUGAAAUUGAAAAUGAACCUUUAUUAUCGAGAAAAUAUCGUAAAUUAACUGAUAAUAAAAAUACAAUAAGAAAAAGUAGUUUACAAGAAGAUGAUGAAGAUUAUGAUGAUACAUUUGAUAAAGGUUUAAAUAUGAUGAUGAUUAAUUCAUCAAAUAAUAGAGAAAAUUCUGAACAAAAAAGGCCAAAUGGAAUUGUUAUUUACAUCGAUAAUGUUGAUAAUACUGAUAAUGUUGAUGAUGAAGUAUUGAAUGGUGGUAAUUUAUCCACACAACAACAGCAGCAACAACAACAACAAAAACAAAUGUUAAAUGUUUAUCGAAAUCAUAAUCAAAUCAAUAUUCCAAAUUGACGAAAAAAAAAAUCUCAAUAGAUCCAGAUAUCUAGUCAAAUUGCAAUAUCAUUUCACAUUCACUCACAGAUAUUGUGUAUUCACAUUUCAGGUGACAAAAAUUGUCUUUCAUCAAAAUCAUCAAUAACUCAACAAUAAGAAUCGUUUGACUUCUUCAUGACCGGUUGGAGUGACCACCAAUAAUCGUCGUGAUGAAUUUUCGAAUAAAAUGACACCCAGAUUCUAAAUUUUUUUUUGUUUGUAAAUAUUUUGUGUUAAUAAAGAUUAUUAUAUUAUA